AUGGCACUGAACAAAAAGAAGCUCACUGACAUCCAGCAAGUCUGCGAUGAACAAAUUGAGGAUAUUUCAUUUGACCUGGUAUCUCAAAAACAGCAACAAGGCUAUCACGCAUCGACACCUCAAGAUAUCAAAUUGGAUCGCCGGCUUAACCUGAAGCUUGACUGCUUUAUUAUCUCUGUCUUGACAGCUGGCUUUCUGCUGCAAGCAGUAGACAAAUCGAACAUAAGCAACGCUGCUACGACGAAUACUUUCAGCCAGGACUUACAUCUGAAGCACAAUGACGUGCCCAACGCUGUAUCUCUCUAUGCCGCUACUUUCAUUCCGUGCAUGCCCAUUUCGGUCAUGCUCGGGAGAAUUGUUGGGCCUCGUUGGUGGCUGCCGUUUAUAAUGGCAGCUUGGGGCGUGGUGACGAUCACUCAGGCGGUGAUGAAAAACCGGGCACAGAUGAUGGCCCUCCGCUUGCUUCUCGGAGUUUUUGAAGCUGGAUAUGUUCCGACCGCAUACUACUAUAUUGGCACGUUAUAUCCUGCAUACCAAGCCGGAUUUCGGAUGGGCAUGAUGGCGCUGAGCUUUGCGUUCUCUGGGGCAUUUGCCGGUCUGAUUGCUUAUGGAUGCUUCCAAAUCCGGUCGUCGGCGUGGAAGGACUGGCAACUUCUUUUCCUCGUUGAAGGAAGCAUCACUAUAUUUCUCGCCGUCCUGGCGCUGGCAAUCUUGCCGCACAAACUGAGAAAAGCAUGGUUUUUGAAUGAAGAGGAGCGCGCACAUUCGGGUCGGCGCAUGGCUACUGAUGCAGGCCUGGAUGAAGAUAUGACAGGGGCUAAUGCUGAGGAACAGGACCAUGACAUCACCACAAAGGAUAUCAUCAGGGCUCUGAAGGACUGGAAGAAAGUCCUUAUCAUUGUGUGCAAUUUGUGUGCCACUACGCCUGCAUAUGGCUUCGCCAUCUUUCUACCGCUGAUGGUCAAGGGGAUGGGCUAUGAAUCAAUUAAAGCGAAUUUGAUGACAGUCCCCCCGUUCAUGGUGGGUGGUGUCGGCCUCCUGACCAUUGUCUGGCUCUCGGACCGCUUGCACGAGCGCUCCGGCUUUGCCAUUUUAUCGAUGUUGAUCUCGAUCGUUGGGUAUAUCGUUCUCAUCGCCAGUAAAAGUAACAAGGUCCGCUACGGAUUCCUCCAUGUUGCCCUUAUCGGCUCAGGUACAGCAAACCCGCUGAUUGCCGCAUGGCUGACGGACAACACACCCGACCAUGCAACGCGUGCGGUUACGAUGGGUCUCUUCGGGUUGACCAAUCUAUCUGCGGUCAUUGCCGGGCAGAUCUUUAGAGAGAGCUAUGCACCAUCGUAUCGUAUCUCCGUGAUUGCUGUUUUGAUCAUCGUGUCGUUCGGAUUGCUUGGCUUUGCGGCGAUUCGCUGGUUGUAUAUGCUAGAGAACCGCAGGCGAAAGAUGGAGACAGCAAGCUGGACUGCAGAGCGAUAUGAGGAGGAGAGAUAUACCUCAGAGCGGAUUGGACAUGAAAAGAAAUAUUUUGUGCUUAGAUACUAG